AUUUCACGAGGAUCAGGCGAUUCGGGAAUUGCUGAAAUUUGUGAAAUGUUGCUAAGGUAGACACAGAAACCAAGAUUUGAGCACCACAAGUAGUCUUCUCGUGAUCAGGAAUUCCUUAUUGUGUACACAAGGCUUACAGCCUUCGUCCCAUUAUCUAGAGCAACGGAAAACCUUCUCUGCCGUAUUUUUUCCCUUGUAGCGUCUCGAAUCUCCUUGAAACACGACCUGAUAAAGUCAGGCUCACGCCUUAGCCCUUGAUAAGAGAGUGAAAUGAUCUCCAGAAUGAGUGGAGUUUCCAGGAGCGGUGGAAUGUCCAAGGUCAGAGAUGUGCCCAGGAUUAGCGACGUCUCGAGUGGACAGAAGAGCAGACUCGCAGCUGCGCUGAAGGUGCUUCUAAUCGGAGAUAGUGCGGUGGGGAAGAGCAGUCUGCUGCUUCGCUUCUCAGAGAACGACUUCAGACACGAUCUCACAUCCACGAUCGGGGUUGACUUCCUGAUCCGCACGAUGGACAUUGAUGGGGAGAGAGUGAAGGUGUCCAUCUGGGACACCGCAGGGCAGGAGAGAUAUCGCACCAUCACUGAAGCCUACUACCGCAAUGCACACGGCAUCCUCCUCAUUUACGACAUUACAAGCAAGUCAUCUUUUGACAACGUGCGAGGGUGGAUCCGAAGCAUUGAGGAGCAUUCCACAAAAGGGGUGCAAGUCACUCUCGUUGGCAACAAGGCGGAUAUGGACGCCCAUCGGGUAAUUAGCAAGGAACAAGGGCAGCAAUUAGCAAGCGAGUUCAGAGUUCCCUUUUUUGAAACAUCAGCUAAAGCAGACAUCAACGUCGAUGACAUUUUCGUCUGCAUUGCUCGCGAGAGCAAACGUCUUUACGAUGAAACACACUCACUAAAUGCUGAGAAACCAACAUGUGUUAAUCUCCAAGGUGCAACCGUACCUGCCCAAGUCAUUUCCUCCUGUUGUGCUUAGGAUCGUAGGUAGGUGUGUAACAAAUUUAGCUAGGUGAUGUAUAGUAUUGAUUAGUUGCCAAUGCCUAGUUAUGAUCGAGGCCAGAAUGUUUUCUAUCCUGAUAGCAUAAUUGUGUUGUAUUCAUUCUUACAAUCAAUAAAAGGACAAAAC